CGCGCCCUCCCCUCUCCUUUCUCCCUCUCAGAACCUUCCUGCCGCCGAGUUCGGACCUCGCUGCUCCAACCUCUGGGCCCCGUCCCAUCCUUCCAGCCUGCGACUAGCAGCAGAGAAAAACUAAUUACGUAUCAUUUUCUUGCCCCGUACACACUUGUGAGGCGAGCAAAAAGAUUACAAUAAAUUUUAAAAAUGAGGGAAAUCGUGCACAUCCAGGCCGGUCAGUGUGGCAAUCAGAUCGGUGCCAAGUUCUGGGAGGUGAUCAGUGAUGAACAUGGCAUCGACCCCACCGGCACCUAUCAUGGGGAUAGCGACCUGCAGCUGGACCGCAUCUCCGUGUACUACAAUGAAGCCACAGGUGGCAAAUAUGUUCCUCGUGCUAUCUUGGUGGAUCUAGAACCCGGGACCAUGGACUCUGUUCGCUCAGGGCCUUUUGGUCAGAUCUUCAGACCAGACAACUUUGUUUUUGGUCAGUCUGGGGCAGGCAACAACUGGGCCAAGGGCCACUAUACAGAGGGGGCCGAGCUGGUCGACUCGGUCCUAGAUGUGGUUCGGAAGGAGGCCGAGAGCUGUGACUGCCUGCAGGGCUUCCAGCUGACCCACUCGCUGGGCGGGGGCACGGGCUCUGGAAUGGGCACCUUGCUCAUCAGCAAGAUCCGUGAAGAGUAUCCUGACCGCAUCAUGAACACCUUCAGUGUGGUGCCCUCACCCAAAGUGUCCGACACCGUGGUGGAGCCCUACAAUGCCACCCUGUCCGUCCAUCAGCUGGUGGAGAACACUGAUGAGACCUACUGCAUUGACAACGAGGCCCUUUACGACAUCUGCUUCCGCACCCUCAAGCUGACCACGCCAACCUACGGGGACCUGAACCACCUCGUCUCGGCCACCAUGAGUGGUGUCACCACCUGCCUCCGCUUCCCUGGCCAGCUCAAUGCUGACCUCCGCAAGCUGGCAGUCAACAUGGUGCCCUUCCCACGUCUCCACUUUUUCAUGCCUGGCUUUGCUCCUCUAACCAGCCGUGGAAGCCAGCAGUAUCGGGCCCUCACUGUGCCGGAGCUCACCCAGCAGGUCUUCGAUGCCAAGAACAUGAUGGCUGCCUGUGACCCCCGCCAUGGCCGGUACCUCACCGUGGCUGCUGUCUUCCGUGGGCGGAUGUCCAUGAAGGAGGUCGAUGAGCAGAUGCUCAACGUGCAGAACAAGAACAGCAGCUACUUCGUGGAAUGGAUCCCCAACAAUGUCAAGACGGCCGUCUGCGACAUCCCACCCCGUGGCCUCAAGAUGGCGGUCACCUUCAUUGGAAACAGCACAGCCAUCCAGGAGCUGUUCAAGCGCAUCUCAGAGCAAUUCACUGCCAUGUUCCGCCGGAAGGCCUUCCUCCACUGGUACACAGGUGAGGGCAUGGACGAGAUGGAGUUCACCGAGGCUGAGAGCAACAUGAACGACCUCGUCUCCGAGUACCAGCAGUACCAGGAUGCCACCGCAGAAGAGGAGGAGGAUUUCGGUGAGGAGGCCGAAGAGGAAGCCUAAGGCCGAGUGCCCACCACCUCAGGCUUCUCAGUCCCCUCUGCCUUCUUCCUCAGCCGCCCCUUUCCUCUCCCUCAGAAUUUGCGUUUUCUGCCUAUCUUUUUUUUUCUUUUUUGGGGGGGGGGUUCUAGAACAGUGCCUGGCACAUAAUAGGCGCUCAAUAAAUAUCUGUUGUUUGUUGAA